UGGGCGAGUGCAGUAGUAGCAGCUGGGCGGAGAUGGAGCCGUUUGUGAUUGGGUCAUCUUAUACCCUAGAUCCACUGAGCAAGGAGAUGCAGCAGAGGCUGAUACUGCAGUACCUGACACCUGUAGGGGAAUAUCAAGAGUUGCUGGGUUUCAUGUUUGAACACAAAGCUUUGGAUCUUAUCUUUCACUACAUCAACCUGAGAGAGAACAGGGAUGUUAGGCUGGCAUUUGAUGCUUUGAAGUUCCUUGCUGCUCUCCUGUGCCACAAGAAGUUUGCCAUAGAGUUCAUCAACUUGGGAGGUGUUCAAAGACUUUUGGCUGUCCACAGGCCCUCUGUAGCUGCUACAGGGGUCUCCUUGUGCCUGUACUACCUGGCCUACUUUGAAGAUGCCAUGGAGAGGGUGUGUCUCCUGCCUCAGCACGUCCUGUCAGAUCUAGUCAGUUUUGUUCUGUGGUUACUGGAGUGUUCUCAUGAGUCAGGGAGGUGUCAUGCCACCAUGUUCUUUGGGCUGUCCUUUCCAUUUAAAGUUAUCCUGGAGUUAUUUGACAUGAAAGAUGGGUUGAGAAAAUUGUUUAAUGUGAUGAGCACAUUGCCCAUAGUGAAUAUAGAACUACAAGACGCAGACCUGAAUGAAGACGUGGUGUUCACUAACAGACAGGCAUGUCGCCACGUCACCGUCGCCUUGAAGAAGUACUUUGAGGUUCACCUGGCCAUCAAAGCAGACCACAUCCGCAGAAACCACCUCAGGAAUGAAGGCGGAAUGCCCAUGAUUGAAAUCCCUCCGUAUAAGGCUGCCAAGUUCCCAGCAGAAGUCAUACAAGAAAACAUGGAGAUCCUGCUGGAGUACAUGCCCCUCAGGAUGUACUGGGAACCCGUCAGUGAGUUUCACAAGCUGGGAGGGGUGCAGCUCCUCUUACAGCUGGUUGCCAUGGCGUCUGAGUGGAGUUAUUACACUGGAAAAGCAGAGACCAUCAGAUCUGCACUGGAUGUGCUGGGAGUGUGUGCCACGGUACCCAAGGUCCAGUUUAAGCUGGCUGAGGCCAUACCUCUGCCUGAGGAUGUGUCUUCCCCUGCUGUCAGUAUCUUGUUUGGUCUUGCUGACAGUGACAUCCUCCCGGAGCCUGAGGUCCAGAAGUCUGCCCUUCAUGUCAUUAUUAACUGUGUGUGUGGACCACCAGUCAGGCUUGGCAGUAAUGUGGCCAGAUAUGUGUCUGGAAGUGCCAAGAAGAAGACGGCCAUCAAGACAGGAGCUGAUGUCCUGGUCAAGAUGUGGGAGUGUGUCAGGUCCAAUAAUGGAAUCAUGGUGCUAUUAAAACUUCUUACCAUUAAAGUACCUAUCACAGAGGCUGACUCCAUCAGAGCUUUGGCUUGUAAAGCAUUGGUUGGGAUGUCAAGGUCUGAGACCAUGAAGCAGAUCAUCAGCAAGCUUCCAUUGUUUAACAAUGGACAACUGCAACAACUGAUGAAGGAGCCAGUGCUCCAAGAUAAGCGCCUGGAGCAUGUCAAGUUCUGUAAAUAUGCCAAAGAACUGAUAGAGAGAGUGUCUGGUCGGUCUUCCAACCAUAACAUAGAUAUAUCUUUGGACAGGAUCAGGAAGGCAGAUAUUGUGGCCCAGACCAAAAUAUUGUACAAUGAAAAGGAGUUGCUGCAGCUUAUCCAUGACCACCUGGUCUCUCAAGGCCUGACAGAGACUGCGGGGUCCCUCCAGAAAGAGGCCAGCCUGCCGCGGUGCAGUACCCCCCCUGUGGUCCACCCAGAGGGGGCACACAUAUAUGCCACACCCACCACCUCAGGGAAAACCUUGGGCAGACAGUUGAGUGUGCCUGGUCCCAGCACCAGUGGUGUCAGUAUCAGCAGUGGUGCUGGUGGUGGUGCCAGGGCACCCCCUCCCAGUACCCCGGGUACCCCAGGCCAGAUCAAAGUGAACAUCAUCAGCAGCAAGACUAAUAACUUUUCUCCUGUGAUAAAUAAUAAUAGGUUUCCCGUCAGCAGGACCUGUCAGAAGCCAGAAAACAGUCAUCUCGCUGUGCAGACACAUUCCUCCCCGACCACCUCCAGGCAUGACUUCCGCCAUGGAUCUCUCACCCACAUUGAAAAGGAGGUCAGCCUGGAUAAGAUUGUGACGGAGUACCUGCGCGAGCAGCACGCUCUGUGUCCCAACCCUGUCGUGACGUGUCCAUCGUUUUCUUUGCUCAAGCCCCACAGAUGUCCAGAUCCACGGCGCCGCAGCACCGCCCCAACCAGUAUUACUGCCAGGUUACACAGGAGAGAGAUUUUGCCACCUUAUGGUGGGAUAGAAGGUGCUAAACUCACAAGGAAGCACGUAUAUAGCAAAUUCCGACCAGUGAGGUCGUAUAGGGACAAUGAAGAGGAUGACUGCUUCUCGUGCUGUGCUUUUUCUAAUGGCCAGGAUUACUUGAUGUUGGGAACCUACGCAGGAGAACUGAAGUUAUUCAACAUACAGACAGCUGAAGAAGCAGGGUCCUAUGUCUGUCACUCUUCACCUCUGACACAUUUAGAGCAGUCCAGGGAUGGAGGGCUGAUGCUGACAUCAUCAUCUUGGGGAAGACCUUUGUCAGCUCUUUGGAAAAUGGACAAUAUAUUUGAUAUGAUGCAUGGUUUUGAGGAGGACCACUAUCUGGAGUUCUGCAAGCAAUCUCAGGAUAAAAUUAUAGGCACAAAGGACGAAACAGCUCAUAUAUACGAUAUCAACACAGGCACCUUACUAAUGACCUUAUUUGAUCAGGACAAGGCCAAUAACUACACCCGCAACAGGGCGACCUUCAACUCCACAGAUGACCUUGUCCUCAAUGAUGGAGUACUAUGGGAUAUUGCCAGCGGGAAACCCAUCCACAAGUUUGACAAGUUUAACCCACACAUUAGUGGGGUUUUUCACCCUAUGGGAUUGGAAAUAAUUAUAAAUUCUGAAGUGUGGGACUUGCGUACCUUCCACCUCCUCCAUACUGUGCCUGCACUAGACCAGUGUGUGAUCAGGUUUAAUACAGCAGGGGACAUUAUAUAUGGUGCUAUUCAUCAGUUGGAAGAAGAUGAAGAGUUAGCAGAGAAUACAAUUAAGAGUCCAUAUGGAUCUUCAUUCAGGACAUUUGAUGCCACAGAUUACAGUAAUAUAGCCACAAUUGAUGUGAAGAAGGACAUAUUUGACCUGUGUGGGGAUAAUUCGGACAGUUUCCUAGCUGUGAUAGAGAAUCAGAAAAUUGAUGACGGGCUAUCAGAAGAGAGUUGCUGUCGUUUGUAUGAAGUUGGCAGACUUCGUGAUGAAGAGGACCAAGAAGAGGAAGAGGAGGAAGAAGCAGCUGAGGAAGAAGAAGAUGAAGAUGAUGACUCUCAGCUGGAUGAUGAUGCAGAAGAUAAUGUUGACAUGGAGUUUGAGCCGGGUUCCGAGGAAGAUGGUUCUGAGGCUGAGGAGGAGGAUGGCAGAGAGGACAACGAGGAGGAGGAGGAUAAUGAGGAGGAGGAGCUCUUCGAGAUGGAUUCCGACAACAAUGACGAUGACUCGGAUGCCUCCUUUGAUGACGAUGUUCUGUUUGAGUUGUCGUCAGAUGCCUAUUGAUUUUUACCUAGAAAUGUCAUGACUGCGGAGUUUUCGUAUUGUCAGGAGGACUGUCACAGUACCUGCCACUUGGUUGUAUGAUGCUUGUUUAUCUGACAACAGAAAAGAAUUUUUCUAGGUGGAGGAAAGUUUGGACCUCGUCCUGAACAUUAUUUGUCAGGUGACUUCUUGAUUUUAAUGAAAUGUGAAAGAAGUGGAUUUUUCUUUAUUUAUUUUGGUACAAGUACACUGAAAUGAGACCUGUCACCUUGUGGACAGUGUAAAUUGGAAGAAAAAGAUGGUGAAAGUAAAAUAAAUAAAUUAUAUUCUUAA